AUGUCGACACUAAACGAGAUCAUCGCAGCUGGUAAGGAACUUGGUUAUACCGGAGAGGAUCUACUACAGUUUUUGAAGGAAACCCAGGACAGAGCUAGAGACGAGCGAGAGCUGGAAAGGAAGAUGAGGAAAGCAGAGAUGGAAGCUGAACAGGCAGAGAAGGAAGCGGAGAGAGCGCUGAGGAUUGAGUCUGAGAGAAAACAGUUGCUGAUUGAGCAAGCGAGGAUUGAAGCGGAUCGAGAGGCCAGAGCCGAGGAAAGGGCUGAGAGGGAACAUAAGCGUAAAUUGGAGUUACAUCAGGCAGGUAUCGCAGAUGAUGACACUGGAUCCUCUAGCAGUUCAACAACAGUUGCACCGAAGGGUCCUAAACUUCCAACGUUUGACGAAGGUAAAGAUAGUAUUGAUGCCUAUAUUCAACGUUUUGAAGUAUAUGCCACGACCCAGAAAUGGAACAGAGACCAAUGGGGAACCAACCUUAGUGCCUUACUCAAGGGGAAAGCAUUGGACGUGUUUUCUAGGCUGCCAGUGUCGCAAGCUCUGAAUUUUGAUGACUUGAAAAAGGCUUUGUUGCUGAGAUUCCAGAAGACAGAAGCAGGUUUCCGGAAGAGUUUCAGAAACAGUAGACCGGAAGGUGGUGAGACCUUUGCCCAGUUUGGGAAUCGACUGGAGAGUUAUCUUGACAGAUGGGUGGAAAUGACGGGAACUCCAAAAACGUAUGACAGCUUGAAAGAUCUGAUGAUUAGAGAUCAGUUCAUCUGUAGUUGUAAUCAGGACCUGUCCUUAUUCCUCAAGGUGAGAACUCCGUCGACGGUGAAAGAAAUGGCUAAACUAGCUGACCAGUAUGCAGAAGCAAGAGGUUCAUCAGCCAGUUCCUUAGCAUCGAAGACAGCAAAGGCAAGUGGCAGUAAACCCGUUGGAAGUGGUACCACAGAGACGACGAAGAAGGGUUCUUCUUCUCCCACGGAAAAGCGAUGCUAUUCAUGUGGAAAGCUUGGUCAUCUUUCCUUUGAUUGCCGAAGCAAGAAGUCUGCCAACCGGGUUGCGACAGUGACGGAGGGUGACGUUGGCGAAGGCAAGCUACAGAAUCCAAGGAAGAACAAGAAGAAGAGUUUUCAGAAGAGUAGGAACGGAAACAAAGACGUGCAUAGAGAUCAGAAGACGAAUACAGAGCUGAGUGUUUCUUGUAAUGUGAAGAUACCAGGUUCCACAGAGAUGCCAGUAGUGACGGGACGUAUCGGAGUACGAUUGGUCAAAGUGCUGAGGGAUACAGGGUGCUGUGGUGUCGUUGUGAGGCGAAGCUUGGUAGAACCAACGCAGCUUACUGAUCGCACGAAGACUUGUACCUUAGCAGAUGGUUCCAAGUUAGCAGUGCCAAUAGCGGAGAUGGAGGUGGAUACGCCGUACUUGAGGGGCGCGGUUGAAGCCUGGGUUCUUGAUACGCCAUUGUAUGACUUGAUAAUAGGUAACGUCAUCGGAGCCAAGCCACCUGAUCAGCCUGAUGAGAGUUGGACUGAAGAGCAAACCCACCUACAAGCUGUAGAGACGAGACAACAAAAGAAAGCGAGUGGGAAUUAUAAACCACUGAAGGUACCGGAAAUGUUGAGGGAUAUCGGAAGCGUAGAUGAACUGAAGGAGGAACAGGAAAAGGAUGGGACUUUGGCGAAAUUUAGGAAGCUUGCACAGCAGUCUGAGGUAUAUGAGCGGAAUGAUGGUGGAAAUUCGGAGACAUAUUAUCACAAGGGACUUUUGUUUCGGAAGUUCUACAGCCCUAAAGCAGCAAACGGAAAGACAUUUCGACAGCUUGUGGUACCAGAGAAGUUUAGGCAGACUGUGCUGAAACUUGCCCAUGAAUCGAUUUUGGCGGGUCACCUUGCAGCCAAACGGACAGCUAGUCGAGUGUUGUCCGAGUUCUAUUGGCCAGGAGUUCAGGCAGACGUCACCCAGUUUUGUAGGUCUUGUGACUCCUGUCAGAGGACUUUUCCUAAGGGAAGAGUUGCCAAAGCGCCACUUGGAAGUAUGCCACUCAUUGAAACCCCCUUCAAGCGAGUUGCCGUUGACAUUGUGGGACCUCUAGAACCAGCCACUGAUCGGGGAAACCGUUACAUAAUGACGGUCGUCGACUACGCCACGAGAUAUCCUGAGGCGGUACCUCUUCGAGGAAUCGAGACCGAACGCGUAGCGGAGGCCCUGGUAGAUAUUUUCAGCCGUGUAGGUGUUCCAUCUGAAAUGCUGACAGAUCAGGGUGCCCAAUUUACUUCGGAGUUGUUGCGGGAGGUGAGUAGGCUUUUAUCUAUAAGGCAGCUGACAACUACGCCUUACCACCCUAUGUGUAAUGGGUUGGUCGAGAAGUUCAAUGGCACUUUAAAGCAGAUGUUGCGACGGAUGAGCAUGGAGAGACCGAAAGACUGGGACCGGUAA